AUCAUACAUCCCAUAAACAUUCGCACUCGUCUCUAUCAAAUGUCAAAGGUCAAGUACCAAGUGUUAGCCCCUACGCACCAAGUCUCAAGUAUCAAGCGUCGCUGCGGAUUAACUGUAAGAAUGCAGCUGGAGGUACAUGUGUAGUAAACAGUCUUGCUGGCCUCGUCUUCAGCAACACCACAGCUCGCCAAGCAUCCAGCAGCAGAAUGGUUCCCUCGCUUCCGACAGCAUGGCUCGCCUCGACGUUUGUAGCAGCAUGGAUGCUGGCAAGAAUGAUACUUGUUUCUGUUGAGGCCAAAGCCAGUACAUGCGCUAUGUUUUAUUGAUUUCAUUUACUUAAGAAGACAACUGGAGUAGAAGAAAGGUCAGCGAUGGCGGAAGAAGCAGCGCCAUGCACUUUCUAAUAGAUAAGUUUCGUUGAUUUUUUUUUUCUUCCCCCCUCUCCCCAAUCAAGGAAACAAGCGCUCAUAGUGGUAUCACGUGACCAUACUAGAGGCAAGCAGCGAGAGGGGUAUAAAAUAGAUUUUUCUCUAAGAAAAAAAAACCCGCAGCUAGAGUAGUGGAUGUAUACUCAAAAUCGUGUAAAGUCUUUUAAGGAACAUAAGAAAUGAAGAUGCUUUUUCCAAUAAUCCGAGCGUCUCUCUCUCUCUCACAUAGACUUUUCUCAGUCUCCUGCUUCCCCGCCCCCUAACCCCCGGUCCUGUGGGCGCAAUCUGAAGCAUCACUAUAGUAUAGGCCGUGCGCUAGAAAACUUCAUUGGCAAUCAAUAGCUCUCCACACGAGAUGCCAGGCGGCCCAGAAGGCAGGAGGAAGGCAGCGUGGAAAGAGGCGGCGAGAGCAGGAGGACAGCGGGGAGUUCCACACACACACCACACCAGGUGCCGACUCCUUCAGUCGCUGUGCCGCCAUCCUACACUCGGGGGGGACCCUCGUGCUCCGACCAGGCCCCACAGGUCAGGGUAAUAGCUUGCCUCGUUUGCAGCGCCAAGCCUCGGAUUGUGAUCACGUCUGACACCUUUGCUCGUCUGACGCCGCGCACUGACGGCUUGCAGGGAGGAUGGGAAGGAAGAGGACAAUCCCCUGACCCCACUGGAAAUCAGCCGUCCUGGCGUUCUGGGCAUCCCCAAGCAUUUCUAAAGAAAAGAAGCAAACAAAAAAAAAAAAAAACCUGUUCUGCGAUACAAGUUUGUAUUCGAAAGUUUCGAGGACUUCCACAACAAGGGAGAAGGUGAGGACUGCGGUUCAGUCACGUGGGACAAUCACGUGCCACUCCAGAUUCCCAAUGUGUCGGACGUGGGAGACUCAACGCCUGUUCCUCCAGCAUUUGCUCCUCGCUCAUAAGCUACGCGGCAUUCAAACCGUAAAGCAGCUUCCUGAACAGAGCUCUAGCCAAUGCCGUCAGGAUGCGUAUCCGUUUUGAGCUGUACCCGGACAACAUCUACCCGUACCUGGUGCCGCCCUUGCGCCCCUGCCUCACCCGCCACUCGGCGUGUACGAUCGGGCUGGGGCAGGGCAGCGGCAACUCCAGCGUCGACCCCGAGCCGUACUGGACGGAGAUCAGCGACUACUUCUCCUUCCUUGCCCUUCCGGUCGUCGUGACCUUUGCCCUGGCUACGCAGGUGACCAGCGUGGUGGUCCUGUGUCAGCAGCACACCCGUGCCUCGCUCGACAUCUACCUGCUGGGCCUGUGCCUGGCCUCACUGCUGCUCCUAGCAACCACCUCGGUGUUGGCUGCGCAGCACUACGUGGGCGUGUACGAGGCGUUGAUCCGCGCCCAGCCCUACGCCCUCAGCUGCCGAGACUGGUUUUGGUACACCGCCAUCUGGCUCAUCGUCAUGAUGGCCUUCGAGCGCGCGCUCACCGUGUCUGCCACGCGCGCCAGCGUGCUGUGCACGCCCACGCAGACGGCGGUGGUGGUGGUCAUGGUGUUCUGCGUGGGGCUGGUCAGCGCCCUGCCGCGCUUCUGGGAGUACCACUCGGCCGAGCACUUCGACAAGCGCACCAACGCCACGGCCCUGGCCGCCGUCAAGACGGCGUCCACGGCGACGGCCGAGUACAACACCAUGUACUUCUGGUACGUGAAGACCCUCACCAUCUUCCUGCCCUACGUCAUGAUGCUGGUGACUGGCCUGACCCUGGCCCUCCGCACGCGCGGCCCGGCCCUGGCCCGCCGCUACACGGCCGUCAAGCACACCUCGGCCGCAGCCAUGGCUCGGCGCAUGAAGGAGGAGACGGCGCUGUCCCGCCUGCUGAUCCUCCUCAUGGCCAUGUACGCCGCCUUCUCCACGCCCCUGUGCCUGCUGGAGCUGCUGGCCCGCGUCCUGCCCGCAUGGCUCGACUCCGAGACGCGCGUGUUCGCCGCGCUGCACAACCUCUUCACUGUGCUCUUCUUCCUGCACUAUGCCCUGCACCUCAUCCUGUACUUCUGCUACAGCAAGCACUUCCGCCUAACCCUCCUCGCCCUCUGCUGUUGCUGCUGCUGACGUCACCAGGCGUGUCAGAGCGGAUACAGCAGCCGACAUAUUGCAAGACAUGGGGAAGUGAUACAAGUUAGUCGUUGUUGAAGACCCGAACAUGCUGCGGGGUGUCGACAGGAGCACUCGACAAGACGACGACCACGGCAACGGCCGAGUACAACACCAUGUACUCCUGUUACGUGAAGACCCUGACCAUCUUGCCGCCCUACAUCAUGAUGCUACUGACUGGCCUGAAGAAGUGGUUAGAGACAAAGUCACUAACACGACUUACAAAAGGAAACACAGAACUCAUCGGGACCUCACGCAGAAAUGGUAGUGACGAGGUAGCUAACAGGACAGUAGCUAGCUUCUUGCCAGACAUGCUACGGGACACCUACAGUAUCCAACAUGUAUUACAGACAGAGAGCGGCCGAUUGCAUUUAUUUAAUGCGUUAUUGGGAAUACCUGAGAGCAAUAUUCCCUGGAAAGGGACUUUCGCAAGUUGAAAUAUUAACUUAAACAUCUGACAUGUUCAGAUUUUUGUUCAGGAAGAUUUUAUCAAAAUAUUUCCCUCUUACUGCCGGAUCUUUUUAACCUCCGGGAAGGGUGGAGAUGACAGAAACCUGCUGUUUCCUAAAAUAGCCAACACAGAGACAAUACUCGUGAGUGGAUAUUUGUAUAUCAGGGUAGAAAAGACAUUGUAUACCCGUAUGUUCCACACAUUAACACCACCAUACAGAAAAUCGAGACAUUUGUGGAUGGACAGCAAUUUGGCCAUCUGCUCAUUUCACUGCCCACUUUCUCGGGAAAACUUCGACCAGCCUCUUUAUUAGUGAUUAUAUGGAAAGACCAACAGCGAUCCAAACCAAAGAUGUAGAAAUGGCCUUGUGUUCUGUGGACUACCUCAGCUCUGCUCUCGCCAUUUCGAUGAAUGCAGUCAGCUGGCCAAUCCUGCUGUGUGCUGGCUGUUACAUCACAUCAGCUCUUGGCUCAAGAUCCAACUGUAAAUGGACAAGUGGCAUCUCACUAGACCUUCAUCAGAAGCUCAUCUGCUGGCUUUUUAAAACGAAGGCCCAUCUUCCUUAGCGUGAAAGGGUAGUUUGAUGGCCAAUAAGGCGAUAGUACACUUCCGGUGCACAUACAUAUACGACCAGAUUUCGAUAUUUACAGCAACUUGUUGGUCGUUUUGAUUUUGGGUUACAAAGUUACUUUCAGGAGGACCAUCGUAGAGCAGCAAUCAAAUCACAAAUGCUGCUGUAUCACUGAAACACCUGAUGUUGGUGCUCGCAGACCUGGACCCUUGUGAUUCUAUUGGACAGCAAGGAAUUGCACGUGCACGCCGGCAGUUGACAGGUUCACUUUGAUCAUGCGCUCUCCCUCCGUCCCUGCCUCCCUCCCGUAUUCACUGGAAACAUCUUAACUCCAGUUCUCCGACUGACGCACCACACAAUUUUUGUUGUUAGAUGAAUAAUAGCUCGACUUCCCGUUGCGCUUUUGAAAAGGUUGAAAAGAGAUGUAUGCCCUAACAUAAUCUGGACAGUGCUGAUGGAUGAUAUGAAAAUUACACCAAAUAAACGAUGACGAGGAUGAA